AUGCAGACAUUGCUGGAGAAGAAUCCGUCUGGAAUCAUGGGACGAGACCUGAGGAGGUUGUACAAAGAGAUGUUCUCAAGGGAAUUGCCUCUAUCUGACUUCAACGUUCAAAGACCCAUCGAAUUGAUUGAGAAAGAACUUGCAGACACCGUCUACUACACGCGUGAGGGCGAUGGAGAUGUGAAAUAUUUCUUGAAAAAGAAGACUUUGGACUCCGGGCCAAGCCCUCUCUGGCAUUUGACAUGUCAUGGAGAUGAUAAUUGCAUUUCUGUCGUACCUGGAGACACCAGCUUUGAAGAAAUGAAAUUACAGGCUUACUGGUCGAUAUGGUGCGGACAAAAUGUUCAGCAGAUACAAGAGAGAGAGAAAAAGAUGGAGCAAGAAAGCAAGCAACGGUUUGACAGUUACCAAGCUUCUAAGAAUGCUCAGGCCAACCAACAAUCAAACUCGAAUCCUUCAAAUCCUUUUGGAUCGAAUCAAAAUCCAUUUGCAUCUGCAUUUGGACAACCACAGGCACAGAGCAGCAUUUUUCCUGCAUCAGGAAAUUCGUUUGGCAAUAGCUUAGGAGGAGGCCUUUUCGGUCAAUCCAGCCAGCAGCAGCCUCAAAACCCAAUGCAGCCACAGCAACAGUCCAGCAUCCAGCCAAUUUCAGGGUUCCUGACCAACACUCCAUCAACAACUGCAAACAGUGGCAACAAUUUGUUCUCGGGUGGAAUAUUUGGAUCACAAUCUCAGCCAGCAAUGCAAAAACAAGAGCCGCUGGUCCCUCAGGAGAAUAGAAAUGUGCAAUCUGGAUCUUUGUUUUCGUCGCCGCAACCUUUCCAACAGUCGAAUUUGUUCGGAUCUUCCACCGCAGGCCAGAGUUCAAUCUUUGGGAGCAACCCUCCUGCACCUGCGGCUCAGAAUCCAACCGGAACAUCUCUGUUUGGAGGUUCCCAGCAACCGGGAGCAUCAAACUCGUUGUUUGGUGGUACAAACCCGCCCCAGCCAACUACCACCGGAGGUCUCUUUGGGAGUAACAAUGCUCUUGGAGGCGGAAGCGGUGGAUUAUUCGGAAACCCUGCCAACACAGCAUCGCCAACUUCAUCGGGCGGUUUGUUUGGGUCGACUAUAAAUGCCCCCAAACCACCGCAGACAAGCCUGUUUGGAAGUGGAAGUAGCAAUUUAUUCGGUCAAGGACCUCCUACAACCACGCAGAGCAACCUUUUCGGCGGUAGCGCACCGACUUCAGGUGUUGGGAACACAGCCACUGGAACGUCUGGGGGAUUGUUUGGCAGCACAAAUCCUACGUCUUCCUCACUUUUCUCUUCACCAAAUAGUAACUUGUUUGGAGGGUCGACACAAUCAGGUGGAGGGCUCUUCGGCGGCAGCAUGAAUCCGCAGCAACAGCAACAGCAACAGCAACAGCCGCAGCAACCAACAGGAUUGAGCGGAGGAUUGUUUUCGAGUGGAGCCCAACCCUCAACAACUGGGGGAUUAUUCGGAGGUCUCUCGCCUGCCCAGCAGAAUUCACAGUCCUCCAGCUUCCUCGGUAACACUCCCUUCGGAGGAAAUACGCAGGGUGGCCUUGGUUCGAUCUUUGGCUCCCAGCAGCCUCAGCAGCAGCAGCAGCAGCAGCAGAGCACACUGAGCCCUAUUCCAAACGGCUGGUGCUUUCGGCCAACAACAAAAUCCCAAUCCAUGGAACCCAAAUCCAACAAAUCCUCCCUCCCCCUGGACCCGAUAAGAUGGGAUGUUUAG